AUGGAUACAAAUGCACAAGUAAACAUUGAUUUAGAAACAUUAACAUGUCCGAUUACACUUCAAGUUUUUCGUGAUCCAGUCAUAGCUAAAGAUGGUCAUGUUUAUGAGCGUGCAGCCAUUGUUAAAUGGAUCGAGAAACAUGGGACAAGUCCACUUACUCGAGAACCGUUGGAUGUUACUGAUUUACAAGCAGAUGAGUACUUGAAAUAUCUGGCUGCUCAGCGACGAACAUCGACAAUAUCUUUUAUCACACAAGAUGAUACUAUAAUUCUUUCUGUUAUCGAUGGAAAUGACAGUGGACAAUGGUAUAAUACUGGCAGCAUGAAGUGUGAACGACGCAGCCACACAUCCUCUAUAUUGACAAAUGGAAAGGUCCUAGUUGUUGGUGGUAGCUCGUAUAGUGCAGAAUUGUACGAUUCAUCAACAGGAGUUUGGACGAAUACUGGCAUGACGAAUAUUGAACGAAUCCGGCACACAGCAUCAACACUAGUGAAUGGAAAAGUCUUAGUUGCUGGUGGUGACUCGAAGCGUGCAGAAUUAUACGAUCCAUUAACAGAACUCUGGUCAAAUACUGGUAGUAUGACUGAUCCACGAAGCGAUCAUACAGCAUCCUCAUUAGCUAAUGGAAAAGUGUUAAUUGUUGGUGGAUGGGGUAAUAAUAGAGCUUUGAAUAGUGCCGAAGUGUACGAUCCAUCAACAGGACAUUGGAUACAAACUGGUAAGAUGACUAAUGCACGAAGCAGACACACAGCAUCCAUAUUGACAAAUGGAAAAGUGUUAGUUGUUGGUGGUGGUAAUGAAUGGAAUGUUUGGGACAGUGCAGAAGUGUACGAUCCAUCAAUAGGAUUUUGGACAAAAACUGACAAGAUGAUGACUGCACGAAUGGAGCACACAGCAUCCAUAUUGGCAAAUGGAAAAGUUUUAGUUGCUGGUGGACGAAAUACUGGUCUUUAUUUUAAGAGUGCAGAGUUGUACGAUCCAUCAACAAGAGCUUGGACAAAAACAGGCGACAUGGCUAUUGAACGAAGUGAACACACAGCAUCCAUAUUGGCAGAUGGAAAGGUAUUAGUUGUUGGUGGAUUCGGUAAUAAUGGUGCUUUGGAUAGUGCGGAAUUAUACGAUCCAUCUACGGGUGUUUGGACAAACACUAGCAGCAUGGCUAUUGCACGAAUUGAGCACACGAUAUCCACAUUAGCCAAUGGGAAAGUCUUAGUUGCUGGUGGAACGAAUUUUAAUCGUUAUUUCAGUAGUGCAGAACUAUAUGGAUAA